AUGGCAUCUAAAGCAGCUCAACUAGUGACGGUUACUUUCAAGAACCACGUCUCCAAACAUCGAGGCGCCACUGGUAAAGUCGCUACAGUUACAGUAAACAAUGAAAGACGCCUGAACGUCAUGAACUCUGCUUUGAUGAAGGACUUUAUCAAAACAUUUCAAGAUUUAUCUAUGGAUCCUGAGUUACGAUGUGUCGUGCUAACUGGUGCUGGAAACAAGUCUUUCAUCGGUGGUGCUGAUAUCAGUGAGAUGUAUCAGAAGGAUCAAGAUGGAGCUGAGGCUUUUAUUCGACAAGUUAGCAAGUGCGCUGAUGUUAUAAGAAAAACUCCAGUACCAGUCAUAGGAAGAGUCAAUGGUUGGUGUUUGGGGGCUGGCUUGGAAGUUGCUGCUGCAUGCGAUUUCAGGAUUUCGGCAGACACGGGAACGUUUGGGAUGCCUGAAGUUCGUGUUGGCCUACCAUCAGUCGUAGAAGCUUGUUUAUUACCUGAUCUAAUUGGAUGGGGUCGGACGAGGUAUCUCCUCCUAGUCGGGGACAAUCUUCCCGCAUCUACGAUGCAACAAUGGGGCUUCCUAGAGAAUGUUGUUCCAUUAUCAAAAUUAGAUGACGCUGUGAACGAUUGUCUUGAUGGUAUCGUAGCUUCAGGACCAAGAGCAGUGAAACUUCAAAAGGAACUGAUCACAAAAUGGGAACGGGCAUCCUCGCGAGAAGCGGCCACGGAAGCUGGAGCUAUACAGUUUAGACGUGCUUACGAGACAAAGGAACCACAAGAGUAUAUGGAUGUGACAUUCUUUAAGCGUAACAAGUUGUAA